CGUAGCAACUAUCACGGUCACAAUUUAUCUUUUCACUGGUUGGGUAAGAUAGGCUUGAAGCUUCUCAGCCAACCAUAUUUGAUGCAAGGCCGAUAGAGGGUGGGAGAGAAUCUCCUCAUGUCACCCCGCCCUGCAUUCAGUGUUGGCGCCAACCGUUGGCCGUCUUCGAGCUGGCCGACAUCUAGAGACGGGCUGAUCCUAAAAGAAGAACUUUCCUUCCUUGCAGCUCUCACUUCUUGUUUGUUUACCUUUUCAAGGCCUUGAGAAUAUCUUCUACUCGCCAACGCACAUCAACAGAUCAACAGGCACCACAAUACACAUCACUAUCCAUCAACUCACACCAAUCAUAGUCACCAACACUGUCUUUAUGUCAAUAAGCAUAAUUUUCACACUAUUGAAAAACCCCACGCCACGAUGAUUCCCUGCUCUUGCGGUCGGCGCUUCAAGUCGGCUGCAGCGCUGGCGCAGCAUCAAACUGACAAGAAUCGAGCCCACAACGGACGCGCCUCCUGCUGCACUCCUUCCAGCGCAAACACUUCGCUGUCAAUCAACAAGACAUCGAGUGACGUGAUACAGGCUCGAAAGACCACCGGACGCCCUCCGCCUGUCGAAGCACCAAAGCGAGCUUGGCUGUGGAAACAGAUCCGAAAGCCAGUGGAGCCUGUGUAUACCAUCGUUCAGUCGGCCAUCGUGCCUUCGACGACAGCAGUCAGCAGCGAGGCCGGCUACCAGCUCGUGUGCAGCUACAACUGGCAAAGAGGAAGACCGCUCACGAUUCGAGUCCCCGGCUUCGCGGCCGUCUGGCAGGACAUGAGCCUACCGUUGACCCUUCCGCCCGACAAGGGAACUUACUUCGUCGACCAGAACACCCACCUGCUGCCCCGGCACCCAUUCGAGGCCAUGUUCCGAGCAGCGGUUUUCAUGAACCCGGAUGUGUCCUUCGAUGAGAUCGACGUCGUCACGAACCGCAACAGCCUUCGGAAGCUGUUCAACUUCUGCCAUGGCCGGAUCCGGGAGGACUUCCGGCUCAACCUGCACCUGGUGCGGAACACUCUGAUCGUCGAGCGCUGCGAGAAACGCACCCUUGAGAUCAUCUGCGGGUCGCGGAACACCGGCUGGGGCAGGAACUUUGAAGAGGCCUCCGUCAAGUUUCCCGCCGGCCUGGAGCAAAGCUUGGGUCACCACCGUACCCUGCGAUAUCCCCUCGGAGCCUUGAGCUGCGCGGUGCAGUUCGAGGUGGAUGCCAGCUACGACCCAGACGGCGAAAAGCUCGAUCCCUUGGACGCUUUGGUACCGCGCAUGGAGAAGCUGUCGGUGCAGGGUGCCCAGCGAGGCGAGACCAAAAGGCCGCCGCCGCCGCCGCCGCCGCCGCCGGUCGUGCAGGUCGAGACGGUCUACGACGGAGCGCGGGUGAUGGACCAGUCGACCGCCGCCGAGAUCAAGUCGGCGGCCAAGAACAAGGCCAUCGGCCAGUUCAUGCCGCAGCUCUGGUUCGGCAGGACGCCCUGGCUCAUCGUCGGCCGGCACGCGGGGGGCGAGUUCGACAGCAGGAAGAUCACCGACGCGAAGGCCCAGUUCGCCGAAUGGGAAGCCACGCACCAGGAGACGUUGCGGAAGCUGGCAACCGUGCUCGGCGAGCUCCGGACCGCGGUCCGGAAGAACGGGGGCCGACACUGCGCGGCGGUCUUCGAGCGGGGAACGGGAGCCAUCGUGGUCGUUGAUUCGACGAGCAACAAACAAGCAGUCCCGGAGGAUCUGAGACAGAAGCUUUGGACCUGAGUACCAGUACUGUUGUGGUUUGAGGAGUUGGGGGUUGACGUCUUUUGGGGGAAUGACGGCUCUUUGAGGAAUGCAAAUUCCUUUGUAUCAUAGCAUUCGUAGCUUCAUCACGUUUUCAUUCUUCUUUUCUCCCAUGAUGUUAUGUUAUGGCCCCAGGGGUCAUAUGAAAUAACCCCCGUCCCUGCAAAUCAGCUGCCCAAGCAGUUACACGGAUAGAUGUACGGAGUAGCAUACGGCC